AUGGGUCCACCAAUGCCAACCGUUGAAAAUCAAGACGUCCAUGCCUCUCCACAAUUUGCCUUGCUUAACUACCUCAAUGGUUCCGUUGUAGAAGACGCUCUGGUAUGGUUUCCCUUCCCCGGCGGAGAUGACAUAACCCACCAGAUCAAAAACUCCAGGCUGUGCAACAGGGAGGAGUUUGAUCGAAUGCUCUGGAACAUCAAUGAAGGGAUCCCUUCGAGAUGCUGGUGUGGAAAGGGGAUUGUUACUUAUGUUUUAAAAACGGAGGAGAACCCAUACAGACGAUUCUUCAGAUGUGAGAUUGGUUUGCAGGUAAAAAUGGCAGUAAACAAGGAUUUGAAGCUUAAACGUCCUCUUGAAGAUGAUGAGUAUUGUGAAACUCCUAAGGAGGCUUUCAAGAAGGCGAAACUGGAAACCCAAGAGCAUUAUAGGGCUAUGCUCUGUAUGCAGAAGAAGCAAAUGGAAGCUUUGGUAGAGAAGGCUGAAGCAGAGGGUGAAGUGAGGGCUAUCACCGCUCAACUGGACUUACUUGACAAGUUCAUCCCGGAGUAUGAAGUGAAACUUGACAAGGAAACCCUUGAAUCGGAGCUGAGGCUUGCAGAAGCGAGGAUGGCUGAUGUGAAGGUUCCUACCAUUGAUUGGAGAGUAGUUUCGCUCCUGCGGCGGUUGAGAGGACGUGAUUCAGAAGGUGGUGGAGGAGGAAGGGCGUCGUCGCGUGGUACGGCAGCGAUCCGUGUUGUGGAGAAGCAAGGGAUUGGUUUGAGAAGAGGGAAGUCGAGAGGUUGA